GGAGGCGGUGCUACCGCCGCCAUCUUUGCCAGGAGAACAGUGAGCUGGUAGUGGCUGAGCAUCCCGGACUCAUCAGCCUCCAUCCACCCCGUGUAGUCCCCGUCGCCGCCCCGUCUCGUGGACAUGGACGAUCGGGAGGACCUUGUGUACCAAGCUAAGCUAGCUGAGCAGGCUGAGCGCUAUGAUGAAAUGGUUGAAUCAAUGAAGAAAGUGGCUGGAAUGGAUGUGGAGUUGACAGUGGAAGAAAGAAACCUUCUAUCUGUUGCAUAUAAAAAUGUGAUUGGAGCUAGAAGAGCUUCAUGGAGAAUAAUCAGCAGCAUUGAACAGAAAGAAGAAAACAAAGGUGGAGAAGAUAAACUAAAAAUGAUUCGGGAAUAUCGACAAAUGGUUGAGACCGAGCUGAAAUUAAUCUGUUGCGACAUUCUGGAUGUACUGGACAAACACCUCAUUCCAGCAGCUAACACGGGCGAGUCCAAGGUUUUCUAUUAUAAAAUGAAAGGGGACUACCACAGGUACCUGGCUGAGUUUGCCACAGGAAAUGACAGGAAGGAGGCUGCAGAGAAUAGCCUGGUGGCUUAUAAAGCAGCUAGUGAUAUUGCAAUGACAGAACUUCCGCCAACACAUCCCAUACGCUUAGGUCUUGCUCUCAACUUCUCUGUAUUCUACUAUGAAAUUCUUAAUUCCCCUGACCGUGCCUGCAGGUUGGCAAAAGCAGCUUUUGAUGAUGCUAUUGCAGAACUGGAUACACUGAGUGAAGAAAGUUAUAAAGACUCUACACUUAUCAUGCAGUUGUUACGUGAUAACCUGACACUAUGGACUUCAGAUAUGCAGGGUGAUGGUGAAGAACAGAAUAAAGAAGCGCUGCAGGAUGUGGAAGAUGAAAACCAGUGAGACACCAUGGCCAACAAGAGAACCCAUCUCUGACCACACCCACCCUCCCCAACAAAUCCCUCAGUGUCACUCUGAGAACCACCAAAUCUGACUUUUACAUUGGGUCUCAGACUUUAGGUUCCUGCCCUCUUGGGUUUCUUUUUUUCCUUUUUUUUUUUAAUUUAAUUUUAUUUUUUUGGGGGUGUUUUUUUGUUUUUUUGUUUUUGGGGGGGUUUGGGGUUUUUUUUGUUUUUACACAGUUUAAAAGUUCUUAAAGGCAAGAGUGAAUUUCUGUGGAUUUUACUGGUGCCAGCUUUUAGGUUCUUUAAGACACUAACAGGACUGCAUAAAGAUUUUUUCAGCAUUACUGUAUUGUCUUCUGCCAGAUGUGACAAUUAUUAUUAUAAGUGAAUAUUACAUCUGAAAGCCAUUAGACUUCUAGGGGAGAGAUUUGUUAUCGCACUGUAGGGCGCAUGUGAUGGCAUUUUUCCUUUUUUAUAAUUGUUUAAACUGAAUUUUAUACCAGUGUUUAAACUUAAUUGGGUGUUUAGCUUGAAGUUUCAGGUUGCAUUGGAACGUUUAUUGUAGUGAUUUUACUGUUUUAAAAAAAAAAAGUUUCCAAACUGCUGAAAUGUUGCUGAAAAAUUUGGUGCUGGUAACAGUUCAACAAUCCGUGGCUGCUCAUUCUUGCCUACUUUUUACUUUUCCUCAAAGCAGGUUAGCAUUGAAGGUGGCAUUGAAAAGCCUGCAUGUGUGUUCAAUAUUUUUUUCCCCUUCCCCAUCCCUAUUCCCCCCUUCGCUCGCUCAACCUCUUUUGUUCAGUAUGUGUAACUUGAAGCUAAUUUGUACUACUGGAUAUCUGACUGGAGCCACAGAUACAGAAUCUGUAUUGUUCUUACUGAAACACAGCAUGGAAUUAACAUUAAACUUAAAUAAAACAAACCUAAAUUAAAAAAUGCCAAAUAUUA